AUGAGCGCUGAUGAACAAAUGAUCCAAGAUUUUCCGGGUUUGAUAAAGGAGCUUGAGGACAUUGCGCUUGAGAGGAUUGCUCACAACGAUGAAAGGAUUGCAGAAUAUUUAUGUACGGUGUACAAGGAACUUUUAGGUUAUAUGGAAGAUAAAACCGCAUUUCAAGAAUCUUUCAAGAAUUUAGAAAUUACUGAUCUUACAAUAAAAGACUUUCGAGAGAUGGCUCUCAGACUUUCUAAAAGGACUGGAAUACCUUAUACGAAAAAACUAAAGAAUCAACCAACACUUUACAGAUGGUAUAUAAUGUUUUGGCCAGAAAUCAAAGAUCACAUCAAAGAUGUGUAUAACGAACUUAAACAUGGGUAUAAGGAUGAUGAAAAUAAGGAGCAUGAAAAGAACGAUGACUAA